AUGCCAAUGGCUUCGCCGCAAAGUUCUGAAAGCUCAGACUUCACGCCUCGCUCUACCUCUCCUUCAUCAUCUAUUGGCUCCAGCCGCUCUUCUCGUACAUCUGUGUCUAAUAAGCGAAUGUCCAUUUCUGGCCGCAGACUCACCCACUUUAACCCUAUGUCAACUGUCGACAUUGCUGCUAUUGAAGAAGCAAUGAAGAUGGCCGCUCUCGAUCAGCACCGUGGCUACGCCAAGGAAUCAUAUGGCGAGAUCAAGCAAGACCGCGACACCGAAUACAUGGCCAAGACUCAGGCCGCCGGCUACCAAAUCAUCCGUGAGCCUCUUUGGAAUAAGGGUCUCUCAUUUACUCCUGAGGAACGUGCCACCAACAACCUCACCGGUCUCCUCCCACAUGCUAUGGAGUCCCUUCAGACUCAGUGCGCUAGAGCCAUGAAGAUGAUCCAGACUCGCCAGACCAGCAUCGACAAGUAUCUGUAUCUUUCAAAUCUCAAAGAUCAGAAUAUUGACUUGUUCUACCGCCUGUUGAUGGACAACGUCCGCGAACUCAUGCCUUUGGUCUACACACCUACCAUUGGCGAUGUUUGCCUGCAAUAUUCCAGCAUCUACACCAGACCUGAGGCUCUGUAUAUCUCCAUCAAGCAGCGCAAAUCCAUCCGGACCAUGCUUCGGAAUUGGCCCUGCACGAACCCCGAGAUUUGUGUCGUCACUGAUGGAUCCCGUAUCCUUGGUCUGGGUGAUUUGGGCAUGAAUGGCGUUGGUAUUUCCAUUGGCAAGCUGGCCUUGUACACUGCGGCUGCAGGUAUUCACCCUUCCAAGACACUUCCUAUCGUCUUGGACUGCGGCACCAACAAUGAAACCAACUUGAAGGAUCCCAUGUACUUGGGUCUAAGACAGAAGCGCCCCUCCGUACAAGUCCAGCAAGAGUUUAUGGACGAGUUCAUGGAAGCUGUGAAAGAAGUGUACCCCGACAUGGUUGUCCAGUUUGAAGACUUUGAAAGUGAAAAGGCAUUCAACUACCUGGAUCGUUAUAGAAAUACCCACCGGGCUUUCAAUGACGACAUCCAGGGCACUGGUGCUGUCGUUCUUGGCGGAUAUAUUGGCGCUUGCAACUUGUCUGGCGUCCCUAUUGAGGAGCAACGUCUGGUCUUCAUGGGCGCUGGCUCUGCUGGUGUCGGUGUAGCCAAGCAGCUUGUAGAGUACUACACUCGUAGAGGAUUCACUGAGGCCGAGGCCCGUAACAAAUUCUGGCUUGUUGACACCAAAGGCCUCGUCACCAAGGACAGAGGGGACAAGCUGGCAGAGCACAAGAAGUAUUUUGCUCGCACUGACAACAAUGGCCACCAAUUCCGCACUUUGGAAGAGGUCAUUGAGUAUGUCAAGCCAAGUGCCCUGGUUGGUCUCGCCGCUACCUUUGGCGUUUUCACUGAGUCCGUUGUCCGAGCCCUGAAGGCCUCUGUUGAUGCUGGCGGCCUCGGUCGACGUCCUAUCCUGUUUCCCCUCAGCAACCCCUUGACCAAGGCCGAAUGCACGUUUGAGCAGGCCGUGCAAUGGACCGAUGGUUCAGUCAUCUUUGCCUCUGGAUCUCCAUUCCAGUCGUUCACCGUCAAGGUUGGUGGCGAGAUUGGUGAAGUGACAUACCACCCCAACCAAGGCAACAACGUCUACGUCUUCCCUGGUCUGGGUCUUGGUGCCAUUCUCGCCAAGGCUUCUCGUGUCACCGACAACAUGGUGUACACCUCGGCUGACGCUCUGGCCGGUUCACUGAACGUUGAGGAAGUCCACAAAGGCUUGAUUUACCCCAGAAUCGAGCGUGUCCGCGAGGCCAGCGUCAUUGUUGCCCGCGAGGUCAUGAAGGCUGCUCGAAGAGACGGCGUGUCAGAACUCCCGGAGGCCUACUGGCAUGAGUGGGAGGAAUGGGGUGAUGUUGCCUUGACUGCGUACAUCAAGCAGCGCAUCUACAACCCCUCCUGCUUCACUGAUGCCCGGGGCCGCCUGUGA